GAGAUCCUCAACACCAUUUCCAGGAUCUUUCGGUGUCGCAAUCUAAAGGGACUUGCUGACUGCGCUUGUUCUCCCAGAUUUUUACGCGAUGGCUUCUCAAGCUUGUUCUUCCCGACAAGCCUGAGCGACACAUAUCAGGCUUGAAGCUUUUUUGUUUCAUUUUCACCCCGCUCCCUAGGCCUGUUCAUUCAGGGCCAUAAUGCUCGGAUUCCUGUCUCUUAUCGUCGACUAUUUUGCACCUGUCUUCCUCAUAUUGUCCCCGAUCACCUCUUAUGCCGACCAGAUAGCCUCGAUCCAUCGCAAGAAAACCAGCGAUGGAUUCUCCCUCGAUAUCCCCCUGAUCAUGCUUGUUGCAUCGAUCCUAAAAGUCUUCUACUGGUUUGGAGCAUACUAUGACAAAUCGCUCUUGGCCCAGGCCUCUUUGAUGAUUGCGGUCCAAAUCAUCCUCUUAAAGGUUGCUCUUGACAACAGAGCCCCUGAUGGAUUGCAGCACACGCCCUUCCACGGCUACACGGCUGAGAACGGCCUACGAGACUUGAUGGAAGGACGACGCCCCUAUGGGUUCUGGCAAUGGAGCAGUGCAAAGCCUUAUUUUCAAUUCCUCGGAUACUUCACGGGAUUCCUUUUGGCUGUCCAUGUCUUGCUCCCCUUUGUGUCCGGAUCUCCUGCAUACAUUGCCUUCUUAGGCUAUUUCGGACUGGCGGUGGAGGCAAUACUCCCAAUUCCACAGAUUGUAAAGAACCACAAGGCAAGAUCCUGCAAAGGGUUUCGACUUUCUGUCAUCGCCAACUGGCUCGCCGGCGAUGCCAUGAAAAUGAGCUAUUUCUUUCUCAGCAGCCAGUACGUUCCCUGGCCAUUCCGACUGUGUGGAAUGUUUCAAGCUUGCUGCGAUAGCUAUCUCGGACUGCAGUUCUACAUGUAUGGGGAAGGCCCAAGCGGAACUGACAUCCCCAUGACUUCUACGAGUGGUAGUAAGCCGGGUCUCUUUGGCUAAACAGACGUAAGCUAAGUGUUUCCACCGCCGCAAAAAGAGGCUAGUGAUGGAGCAUCACCAUCUACACCAACGUCUUUCAUUUUGCGUAGCUUUCGACGAGAGACGAGUGCAAAUCGCCUCAAGCUGUGACGUUUGUUUCAAGCUGUACAUCAGACCACCCGUACAAGCACCACCACAAAAACCUCCAGGAACGAUGAUAUAAUCUGAUUGGAACCCAGUCUCAGCUUCAAUAUUCAGCCUCUCAGCCUCGUGUCGUGCAGAGAUGCUGUCAGCUCCGAUCAGAUGUUGACCAGGAGUGGCUUGUUCGUAAGGUUUUGAUAUCUCAAGACGACUGCUUAAACGUUUUGCCGCCGACUUCAUCGCCCUAAUGGCAUCAUGGCUCACAUCCUUUGUACCCAGCAGCCAUGCAAACCCUCUGGAAUUUGAUCUGUAGUACUUGUGUACUCCGGAUUUAUUUCUGACUUCUGUUUGGAGUCAUGACUGGUCGCCCUGUUAUAGAUGGAAAUCCGGCAUUCUUCGCAGUUAGAAAAAUCAAGCCUACUGCAAGUUACUCAAGUCAUUGUCAACCAGUCUUGCUGUAAACUUUCUUGCCAGGAGAGCGACUACAAUGUCUUAUAAACAUAUAUACGGCUCUCAGAAAUCUACGCAUUCCAGACGACCUCAUUUCCAUCAAAAUACACACAAUUGACAUGUUCGAAAUGUUUAUAUAGAGUUUCUACAAUCUCGUUGUUCCCCCACAUU